CUCUCUCUCUCUCCACGCCCUCAGGCUCGCGCCCCUCUCUGCAAGACAGUGAAAAAAGAGAAAGGCGUAGCGGGUUGUGACUCCCGUUUAACAUUUUCAGUCGGUCCGUCCGUUCUCGCUCCACCUCUCUCUCUCUCUCUCUCUCUCUCUCUCAGCGGCGGCUCUCUGUACGCCACUCUCUCAGGCGGAGUAGGAGCGUGCAGCCCAAACCGAGCGAACCUCUCUUGGCUCUUCUUUUCUUUCUCUAUUUUAACCACCACACUGACUCCUCCGAUCAUGUCCGGCGAGGACGCGCCCAGCCAGCAGCAGAACGCCGACGAGCAGAAGCAGCAGCAGCAGCCGCAGGAGAACACGAAGCCCGCCGAGUCACCCAAGACGGAGAACAAACCGGAGCCUCCGCCCGCCGAGGCCGCCACCGCCGCCGCCGCCGCAGCCCCGGCGGAGAAACCCGCCGAGGAGGAUGCGUUCAGCUACCGCGCCCUGGUGCUCACCGGCUACGGCGGCUACGACAAGGUGAAGCUGCAGGUGAAGAAAGGGAAGCCCGCGCUUAAGGCUGGCGAAGUGAUGGUGCGCGUGCGAGCGUGCGGGCUCAACUUCGCCGACCUCAUGGCCAGACAGGGGCUCUACGACCGGCUCCCGUCACCGCCCGUCACACCGGGCAUGGAGUGCUCCGGCAUCAUCGAGGCGGUGGGCGAGGAGGUGACGGACAGAAAAGUAGGUGAUAAGGUGAUGGUUUUGAACCGCAGUGGGCUGUGGCAGGAAGUAGUUGUGGUGGCAGCCACACACACUUUCCUCAUGCCGGAAGGGAUGAGCUUUGAGGAGGCGGCGGCUCUGCCGGUCAACUAUAUCACCGCCUACAUGAUGCUAUUCGACUUCGGACACCUGCGCCCGAACCAGAGCGUCCUCAUCCACAUGGCUGCAGGAGGGGUAGGCAUAGCUGCCACUCAGCUGUGUAAGACAGUGAAAGACGUCACUGUGUUUGGCACUGCCUCCGCAGCUAAGCAUGAGGUCAUCAGCGAGGGCGGAGUCACCCACCCCAUCGACUACCGUACACGGGAUUAUGUGGAGGAGGUCCGCAAGAUCAGCCCCAAAGGCUUGGACAUAGUUCUGGAUCCCCUGGGUGGUUCUGACACCCACAAGGGCUACAACCUGUUGAAGCCGAUGGGAAAACUCAUCAGCUACGGUGCGGCCAACAUGUUGUCGGGCCAGAAGAAGAACCUGUUUGCGGUGGCGAAGACCUGGUACCAGCAGUUCUCCGUGCACACACUCAGUCUGAUCCAGGGCAACCGUUCCGUGUGCGGCUUCCACCUGGGCUACCUGGACACGGAGACUGAGCUUCUCACACAGGCUAUGAAUGCAGUGCUGGAUCUGUACCACCAGGGCAAAGUCAAACCCCGCAUUGACUCCACCUACCACCUGGAGCAGGUUGGCGAUGCCAUGCGUAGGAUGCAGGAGAGGAACAAUAUCGGCAAAGUCAUCCUCAUCACCGAACCCAUGAAGGAGGAGCCCAAGAAGGAGGAGGCCAAGAAAGACGAGAAAGAGAAGAAGGAGGAUAAGAAGAAGGAGGACAAGAAGAAAGAAGACAAGAAGAAGGAGGAGGCCAAGAAGGAGGAGAAGAAAGAGGAGAAGAAGAAGGAGGAGGCCAAGAAGGAGGACAAGAAAGCGGAAGAAAAGAAAGAGGAGCCCAAGAAGGAGGAGAAUUGAGAAAGGAAGGCGGCUAGGCAGAAAAUUGGUGGCUGUGAAUCGUGUUUGUGUAGGGAGUAGGGGAUAAUUUGAGUCUGCGUGUUGAGUGUAUGAGUGAGUGUGCGCGCGCGUGUGUUUGUGCGUAUAUGAGCGUGUUUAUGUUAUGGGGUGGUGGGGAUUACAGUGUAGUCCAGCUCUCAGCUCAACCCCAGGCGAUUACUCUGGCCUUAGAUCAACAUCUCGCACCGAAAUCUGCAAUCACUUAACCAGCCUUACACAGUAUCCUCAGCACUCGAAUGCUGCUUAACACUCACUGCAACACACACAUUCACACAUAACAUCACAUAACAGGGACGUACCACUCAACUAUGCCACUGUAUAUCUAUGUUAUGCAUUGUACCUUUCUGGUAGUAUUCAUGCUACAGGUACAGUAGCGUUGGGCUCUGUGCUUUUUACUAAUCUGUGACUGCAUGCCUUCAAGGUGUGCUUCAUCAGUAUUAUACUGCCACAUAUACCCCUAAACGUUAACCCGAUCAGAUCUCGCUACACCCAACACCCCAAUAAUUUGUCGCACUACUAAUAUAAUAAUUCUAGCAUUAUUUCUGUGCCAAUAAUGCACCAUAUUGCUAUUGUGUACCACUGAAUUGUUCUUUAUCUAUGUAGACACAAGCAGAAUUUUUUUCUUCUAACCACUACUCAUACCCUUCCAAGCAUUUGUUUGAGACUUGCUAAGGAUAUGGGUAAAGGCCUGGGUUCAGCGGGCGUGCUGUUGCCAUGACUACAGUGUUCCCAGAUCUGCCCCGCCCUCUGUCCUAUCCCUCUAUCUGACCUGGAAUGUUCCGUUCUAGUCUGUCUCUACCUGUCUUCUACUUACUGAUUCUCUUCUUUUCUCAUUGGACCAGACUCACUGACUGACAGAUCAAUCACUGAGCCCCACCCACAAAGUUUACUGUGACAAUAAAGGAGGAGUCACUGUUUCUGAUUGGCUUAAAGAGAUACCACUUGUGUAGAUGCAGGCACACUUACUGUAGCCUGUUCGGCAAAGUCUUUGCAGACUAGGACAUCGUAAUUUGUGACAUAAGAUGCUCAAUGACAGUCUCUGUCUGCCUCAGAAAUCUGUGCUUUUCAAGAAAAAAAGAAAAGGAAUAACAUUCCAUAUUACUUUGUCCUGUUUACAGCACUAUGCAGUUGUGGACCAGCAAAAAGUUGCGGGGACUGUUAGAAAAUGGCAGAAGCAUUUUUAAAAAACGGAAGCAAAAAAAUCAGAACUUAAUAUCAUGGCUUGGAGGAGAGCUAUGCGUCUGAUGGGCACUACACUUAGAAACCACCGACGCUUCAUUCUGCACUGUGGCGCCCAUACAUACACUGAUAAAUCUAUCAGCUUCCACUGUGUAACGACUGAAUCAUUUUUCUCUGUCGUUAAGCGUUGCAGCCUGCCAGGGCUUUAAUGAACCCAGCUGCCAAGCAGAAGCAAUUACAGCAAACAUCUCCCUCCACACAUUCUCAGGUUAUUGUAUUAGAGGUAGGGCAGUUGAAACAGUCUGAGAUAAGGAUGUGAAUGCACUUUCGUUCCAGAGGCAUCCUCCAGGAUUCCACCUCAUUCGGAGCAUUGCACUCUGGUCCUUAUGACUGCUUGCUAUCUUGCGGCACGUUAGCCGGUUUUCCACAUAAACACUGUUUCAUAGUCUGUCAGUUGCUCUCUGGCUCUGUUUUACCAUCACUGGUUGGCAUAGCAACAGGCGUUUGGCCAGUAAGAGAUGAGUCAGCUCCCCCAAUAUACAUACAUGCAUGCAUGCAUACAUACAUGCUCGCUAUCUGUUUUCUCUGCUUUGUGUAUGCAGAGUUUUCAGAUCUGUCUCUUGCUUGUGUUGACAUUUUGCAUUAUUUCCAUUAGUGUGGUUGCUGCUUCAUUCAGACUGCUGUGUCAGAAGGGCGUAACCCCUCCCCCUCCCUGCUCUAAAACCUGUCAAUCAAACCCACUGACUCCUCCCUCCUCCCCCCAGCCCAUUUCACUGUGGUAGUGCUCUGCUGCCUCUAGUGGCGAUAUAGAUGCACUGCAGUGAUUUAGAACUCUCCAGUAUUUGAGACACUUCCCAGCUUUCGUUCAGUGAGUCUGGUUUUUGUCUGAUGUGAAUGAACCGUCCAGUUGGCUGUUUGAGAGAAUCAGACCGUGUGCAUGUUGUGUUUGAGGGGAUGUGCGUGUCUGUCCUCAGGUCAGUUGUCAGAUUUAGAUACAAAAAAAAAUGUGUUUUUCUGUCUCUACCUCCCUUAUGCUAUGAGCUAGCAUGUCCGGUCCCUUUUCUUUUUGUCCACAAUUAUAUCUCUAACUCUCUUUAAGCAUCCUCUCCUCCCUCUCUGUCUCCCUCUCCCUUCCUUUCUCUCUCUCUCUCUCUCUCUCUCUCUCUCUCUCUCUCUCUCUCUCUCUCUGAUGAAUGACCUGUGUUGGUUUGGUAUUAUUUGCACUCUGCUUGUGGAUCUUAAUGCACUUAUAGGGAUGGCAGUCCCACUCCCAGUCCACUGUUCCUCAGGAGUCCCCUCCAGCUUUCACUCGCAUCCGCUCACCGCUAACUUCCACACACUUUCCCUCUAGUUUUUGUCUCUCACACAAAUAGCCACACGUACUCAGAUGGUUAUUUGUUUCUUAACAUAAGAAAGGCACCAGGUUGCUCCCAGGCACAGGCACAUGUAUAAACAACAGUAAUACAGUUAUUCAUCUCAAUCAGUCUCUACAUCUCCCAUUUACACACACACAAAUUGCAUCCCAGCCAUCCCAUCAGGGAGCAGAAACAAAAAAAACCCCACAAAAGCUCUUUUCCUUACAUUUGAGGAGGAGGUAACCCAGAAUGCACCAGGAAGGGUGUGGCACUGCCAUCCUUUCUAUAGAAGUGACAGUGUUCUGACAUAAGACCUGGAACUGGAUUCCCAUCCGGGUUCAGUUUCGGAUCUGGAUUUUUUUUUCUUUGUUGUGUUCCUCCAGUUCUCUCCCUGUGUUCUUGUGAAAGGUGCUUUGAUCCUGGAGCACCACGUGACCCCCGACUAACACAAAAGUGAAGGGUGUCCGUCCUCAUUUAUCUUACCUAUUCCUUGUUUUGCAUUCCUUUUUUUUGUUGUUGUUAUUGUUGUUGUUGCUGUGUAGGCCUACUAUUUGGUUUGAGUGUUUCAAGGGUUUCAGUUGAAAAAAAAAAAAGGCUUUUGCUGCAGUUCUGUUCAAAUGUAGAGGAGUGACAUUAUGUUGAUCCUGAUGAAGUGUGCCAAACUCUGUUUGAGGCUCAAGCCUUCACUCCAGCUAUGCUUACUACACUGAAAGACGAAAGAGAAGGAAAAACGAAACAGAAUCUCUUUUCUGGUUAAAGAUGACCAGCGGAUGGAAAAAAGAAAGAUUUGAGACCGACGUCGUACCUGUCGUGUGUGGUUGACCGUGCCCCUGAAAUUUACUGGUGCUUAACAACUUUUUCCGGCUUUUUCGCUAACGUUCCAAUCCAUGCAAUCUGUGUCUAGUUCUCACUGUGGCGAUCGUUAACGAACACCGGAAUACCUCCGCAUUGCAUGAACGUACGCAUCCACACCCACAAUGACACGCCACCCCUUCCGGCACACCAGCUCUGUUCCAAAGGGCUGAUGUCUGACGCCAGAUCAGUGAAAUCAUGUUUACAGCGCCAACGCAGUGUAUGUAUGAUACUAGACAGAUCAGAUCGUGCAUCACCAUCCUACCAGCUGACCAUAGAUCAGACUUAACCUGCCAUCACGAUACAGCAGACGGAACAAAUUAAUGUUAACUAGUGUGCUGUGCUGUGAAUAUACUUGCUAACUGAGAACGAACAAGUCUUUGCUGAGCUAUUUAAAAACAGAAAAAUUAACAAAAAAAAUAGUCUGAGUUGUUUAACAGUGUCUUUUUCCAUCAUAAGUAACUGCACUGUUGACCGGUUGAACAUUCUGGUUCUAGAACCCCGAUUUCCAUCCCAACUCUACUGUCAUUCGCUGACGUGUUCCAGCAGAGUUGCUUUCCGGUUCUAGUUCUUGUCCCAGUUGCGUGUGACAUCAGAGCUGUAGAUUCCGCCUCCUCCCUCUGCUUCAUCUUAGUUUUGUCUGGCUGUGCAGCAAAAAAAUAUAACAAAGUAAAAAAAAAGAAUCAGUCAUUAUGGAGUCGACUCGGAAAUCAUGCAGAAUCCACUCCCAGCAGUAUUAACAUCUGGGCUACAAGUGCAUGCAUUCAGUGGCAUAUGGUUUAUACAUUAGCAGACACAAUCGUUUUGCAUUUCGUACGCCUUCCCCCUCUUCUUCUUUUUGGUUGGGAGCCUGCGUGGCCACGAGAUGAGCUCAGUUGCAGGUGUGAGCGUCUCUCGUGGACGCGGCUGGGAGCCAGAGAAGCCGCAGCGAGGUUCAGCUGGAGCCCGAGCGCUUCCUCUCUCCAUUCCACAGCCCAAUAACUUUCCCAGAACAGGAAACUCCCUGCAGGACGGCCUGUAGGUUUUCAGAGCCGAGCUCUGGCUUGAACUGGCUCUACUGCAGCCUUGCAUUCAUCAGAUAUGAAAUAGCAUGUCGGUGCCAACAGAUCUGAAUGAUUAUUUGAUCUGAUCUUUCUAGACAAAUCAGUGUAUUAACCUGUUAAUCAGUGCUAACCCUGUCAUGCAGUUCUUAAAGCAUGGGUAGGUAGCCAUUGAGGCUUAUCAGUACUUAUGAAGUAAUGUAUCAGUUAAUGGGCCAGUGUUAGAUUAGGAGUGCAUACAGUAUCAGCUGAUGUUCUCCGUAAUCCCUGUCCAUUUUUUUCCUCUCCGUCCAUACUGCGCCCUAAUCAGAGACCCUCAGUCAGUCACUUUGAUUGACUGACAUUCGCAUCCAUCUGUCAGACCCGAUUAUAUAAUGAGUUAGCGAAAUUGGUUUACCACCCUCAAACCGCAAUCGCUCUCUUCCUCUUCCUCUUCUAUUACUGACCCUCCCCUCCACACACGUCAGAGAAGAGCGACAGGUUGUUUUAUUUCUGUUUUUCUUCAAAUCCCUCCAUCACUGCUCUCUCCAUUCUAUUCGAAACCCUCUGAAGUGCCGCUGCUUCUGUGCUUGACUCUGGGUUGGAUCACGUGUGGCUCACACACGUGGUCAUGAGGACCGUAGAGCUCGUAACGCUUCUGUGUGUGAUGUUACCAUUAUGCCUUACAUGUUUUCCAGGACUAAUAAAAGAGCAUAACAAAAAUA